UUCCCACCACCAGGCCCCCCACCCCUGGGGUGACUGCGGGAUUUCGAGCUGCGCCGGAGCUGAGAUUCUAGAGCGCUUUUGCCACCCCCACCCCGAGCACGUGUUGCAAUGAUAUCAGAAUUUUGCGUGCGGUUUACCCGUGUUUAACCUCUUUGUGUCUCGUUUCUGAAUCGUAUCCACUUGAGCAUCACUAGACUGAUCUAUUUUAACACUGGUGGGGCGCAGCGAGGUCAGCUAUGGGUCCUUCCUCCUUAAAGGGGUGGACAGUUGACUUUGGGCAAACCUCUUCCCCUCUUUGGGCAACAGUUUCCCCUUCUGCAAAAUGAGGAUUUGGAUUGUAGUUUCUAAGUUUAGCUGUGGCGUGCGAAUUCCCAGGAGGAUGGACAGAUUCCUGGUGAAAGGGGCUCAAGGGGGCCUUUUGAGGAAGCAGGAGGAGCAAGAGCCAACUGGAGAAGAGCCAGCUGUGUUGGGAGGAGACAAAGAAAGCACAAGGAAGAGGCCCAGGAGAGAGGCCCCAGCGAAUGGAGGCCACUCAGCAGGCCCCAGCUGGCAGCACAUUCGGGCUGAGGGCCUGGACUGCAGUUACACGGUCCUGUUUGGCAAAGCUGAGGCAGAUGAGAUUUUCCAAGAGUUGGAGAAAGAGGUAGAAUAUUUUACAGGGGCACUGGCCAGAGUCCAGGUAUUCGGGAAGUGGCACAGUGUGCCCAGGAAGCAGGCAACGUACGGCGACGCUGGGCUGACCUACACGUUUUCAGGCCUCACACUUUCUCCAAAGCCCUGGAUCCCAGUUCUAGAGCGCAUCCGGGAUCACGUCUCUGGGGUGACUGGGCAGACUUUCAACUUUGUGCUCAUCAACAGGUAUAAAGAUGGCCAUGACCACAUCGGGGAGCACCGAGAUGAUGAAAGAGAACUGGCCCCUGGGAGCCCAAUUGCCUCUGUCUCCUUCGGUGCCUGCAGAGACUUUGUCUUCCGGCAUAAGGAUUCCCGUGGGAAAAGCCCCUCCCGGAGGGUGGCGGUGGGCAGGCUGCCGCUGGCCCACGGGAGCUUACUAAUGAUGAACCACCCGACCAACACGCACUGGUACCACAGUCUUCCCGUGAGAAAGAAGGUUCUGGCUCCACGGGUCAAUCUGACUUUUCGUAAAAUUUUGCUUACUAAAAAAUAAAAACGUUUUUAACAGUU